AUGGACGAUUAUAAUGAUAUGACUUCCCAUUUAGAUGCCCGAGAAAUACUGAGGUACUUGAACUAUUUAGGUAUACAUAAUAUAAGCGGUGAAGUUCUAAAAUAUUUUAUAACAGAUCUUAAAAAGCUUAUUAAAUAUGAUUUGCAACAUAAAAGUCUUUCUCCUUUUGGUAGUGAUAAGCAAGAAGGUCCAGAAAGAUUGCAUAGUGCUAGUACUUUUUCCUCACGAAGCCGGUCUAAAGCUUAUACCGGGAAACAUGUAUGUUGUCGUAAAGGGUUUGAAGGGCCUCGAAAGCAUUUAUCUGUUAGACUAGUGCAAUCCGCACCAACUUUGGGACAAAAGGUUGAAGAAAAACCUGCACAAAGAUCAUGUUCAUGUGUUAGGAUAGAAAAGAAACCUGGAAGUGUUAAAGAAUCUUCUAAACCUUCCACUACUUUAUCUGAAAAUUUAAUAAAAGUUCCUAAAGCCAGGCCAAAAAAGAAAUGUGACCCAGUAUCUUUGUAUCAUUACUAUUCAUCAUUGUGGGAAAAAUAUAAACCCAAUGUACCUGGAGAGAAUAACUGGUCUGAAAUAAGGUGGAGGAUUAGACAGAAAAUGGUUGGAGUGGAGUCACAUCCUUGUAGUAAAGUUGUCCACAAAUUUCAAGAAGACAGACAUAUCAGAAAAGAAAACAAUAGGUGA